AUAUAACACAAGUGAAUAAAAUAAUAAAGGAAUUGGCUAUAUAGUCUAACAUUGUGGCCAAGUACCCUUGAUAGUGUUCAGUGUUACCUUCUUCUCCAAGAUAUAUUAGUCAAAGAAUAAUUACAAAAACAAAAGGAGUGUUUUCUUCUUCUCCAAGGUAUAUUAGUCAAAGAAUUAUCUCGCACAGCACAGACAGUGCAAUACAGAGACACUACAUAAAGGACAGUAAUUGUCUCCAUGAACCAUCAACCUUGAGCAUGGAUGCCUUACUUCUUCUAUAUCCUCCUCUCCUUCUCUCUUCCUUUUCUCUGCUGCUCUAUGGAGUUGUGAGAAUUUCUUACUCCAUUUGGUGGAAACCCAAAUGGCUAGAGAGGCAGCUGAAGCAGCAAGGCAUAAGAGGCACACCUUACAAGCUGUUGGUUGGAGACAUAACAGAGUUGGUGAAGCAGAUGAAGGCAGCUUGGUCUAAACCCAUCAAUCUAAACCACCAGAUAGUACCACGCGUAGAUCCGUUUACCUUGAAUAAUGUUCAGAAAUACGGGAAGAUAUCAAUGUUCUGGGUAGGGAAAACACCAAGACUGAUCAUCAAAGACCCGGAAAUGAUGAAGGAGGUUCUGUCUAACAAGCAAGGGCACUUUGGAAAGCCACCUCUAAACACACUUAUUCUUGUUCUAACAAGGGGGCUGACAACACUAGAGGGUGAGACGUGGACUAAACGCAGGAGGAUACUCAAUCCUGCAUUCCACAUUCAGAAACUCAAGGGGAUGGUACCGGAAUUCUCGAUCAGCUGCAACUUGAUGAUAGAACAGUGGAAGAAGAUGACUAGUGAUAAUGAAACUGGUGAAUUGGACAUCUGGCCUGAACUCCAAAAGCUCACCGCAGAUGUUAUCUUGCGAGCAGCCUUUGGUAGCAGCUACGAAGAAGGAAAGAAAAUGUAUGGACUACAAAAAAAACUAAUCACAUUGGUUCUUGAAUCAAUGCAGAGCAUACAUAUCCCCGGUUUCAGAUUUCUGCCAACAAAGAAGAACCGAAAGAGAAAGAAGUUGGUUAAGGAAAUCACAUCAAUAAUGAAAGAUUUAAUCCAGAAGAAGCAGAAUGCAAUCAGAAGUAGACAAUCUAAGGUUGAUGAUAUACUAAGCUUGCUCCUGCAAUGCACAGAAGAGAAUAGUAUGACACAGAAUACAAAUGGCACCAAAAGUGCCGAGAUCACAAUUGAAGAGGUAAUCGAGGAAUGCAAGCAGUUCUACUUAGCUGGCCAAGAAACAACUGCAAGCUUAAUAGCAUGGACCAUGAUAGUCUUGUGUAUGCACCCAGAUUGGCAACAAAGGGCAAGAGAGGAAGUUCUGCAAGUCUGUGGAAAGAAAGAUCCCGAUUUUGAAGCUAUAUCACACCUCAAGACUGUGACUAUGAUACUGUAUGAAGUUCUAAGGUUGUAUCCACCUGCCAUUGCUAUAUAUAUGCAUACCUACAAGGAGACCAAGAUUGGAGACAUCUCCAUCCCAGCUGGAGUUGACCUUACACUACCUACACUCCUCAUUCAUCACGACCCCGAACUUUGGGGUGAUGAUGCAGGAGAAUUCAAACCAGAGAGAUUCUCUGAAGGAGUUGCAAAUGCAUCAAAAGAUCAGCUAUCAUUCUUUCCUUUUGGCUGGGGACCAAGGACUUGUAUUGGCCUAAACUUUGCCAUGAUAGAAGCUAAGAUGACUUUGGCUAUGAUUCUACAACACUUUUCUUUUGAGCUGUCACCUUAUUACACCCAUGCUCCUCACACAGUUAUGACUCUUCAACCACAACAUGGAGCUCAAAUUAUGCUGCACCAACUAUGAAAAAUAUGCUAUCCCAACAGUCCUAGAUAUAUUAUUGUGAUUCACAUCUGGAAAGAAUAAUUUUUUGUAUUUUCUUGAUUUGUUUUCUUUUCUUUUUUGCUAUAUGGCCAGUCUCUGGUAUGUAAUAUAUAUCAAGUCUGCACAAUGUAAUGUUCAAAUAGCAUUAUGAGAAAAAUGUUGUAUUUUA